UUUGUGAAACUCCGAAGGCAGAGCACCAUUGCUGACUGAGAAGACGGUCUGAGACGAAGAAAAGGGGUGAGACAAAACUGGCAGAUUGAAAGGUAGGAGUGCAUGCCUGGUAGAGCUGUAGUGAGAUGCUCCACUUACUACAGCCUUGGAGAACAGAGAAGAUUAGGGCUGUGCCCUCAUUUUGAAAAGAAUCAAAAUAACAGCUUAGCCAAUAUGUAGCCACACAGUCUCUUCUCUCUGAUCUGUGGAAAUCUCAGACCCAUAUGUGAAUUGAUUGUACAUGAAAUCCAGUUUGUUAUACCUUUUUCAAAGGAGUGGCGUAGCAAAGGCAAACUGAACCUAGUUCUGACGAUACAUCCUUCAUAAUACCAUUGCACUGAGUUAGCAUAUUUGAGUUAGCAUAUUUUGGAAAUUCUAAAUUCUAUUGUAAAAGGUGGAUCUCCAGUCCUGAUAAUAACCUCUGUAACUCCAGGGGGCCAUGGCAUUCCGAGGUCUCUUCCUGUAUAGCUUGAGUCUGCCCUUCCUGAUCCAGCCAGCUGGAAGUGGAGCCUGUCGUACUGGAUCGGGCUCAGAGUGCGAGAAAGCUCCCUUUGUGCCCGGCUACAACCUGGCAGGGGAGGGCUUUGACGUAGUCAGCACGCGCCGUAAAGGGGCCUACGUCAUCAACGUCAAAGCCCACCUGAGCAUCAACCACACCUGUGUUCUCUGUGAGAACCGCUUCCAGGGGGGGCAGGUGCAGAAGCUGCCCUCUGCCGUGUUGGACUGGCGUCCAAUGAGCCGGUGCAGCAAGCAGCUGUCCAGUGCCCUGCACCACUCUGUGGAUUCCCUGCUGCGCAGCUCCAGCUCCCUCAUCAACAAUAACUGGGGCAUGGGUCUGAGGCUGGAGACUUACGGCAAGGCAGUGCUGGGGGGAAGCCGCUCCGAAAUGGCCCGGUUUGCCAGAUCCCAGCACAGGGUGGACAAGGCCACCUUUGCCACCCAUGAGAUCAGCUGUACGUACUACAGUUACAGGCUGGCCGACCAUCCUGAGCUCAGCAGUGAAUUUGCCAAACAUCUCAGGAGACUGCCACGGGAGCUUGACCACAAGGGCAAACUGCUGUACCGAAGGAUUAUCGACACCUAUGGCACUCAUUACAUCCGGCAGGUCCAGCUGGGUGGUAGGGUGAGGCGCGUCACCGCCUUCCGCACAUGCCUGGCCACCCUAAAAGGCUUUUCAGAGUCCGAGAUAAAGACGUGCUUAAAUGUAGAGCUGAAAAUGUCCUUAGGCUUCCUCCCAGCAAAUGCGUCCGUGUCCAUCAAAUGUGACCAACUCCUCAAGAGAAACAUGAGCUUGGGUUUCUACGAGGGCUUCAUGACCCACAAUAUUGAGGUCCUCGGAGGGGAAAAGUAUUUCCCAGAUAUCUUGUACCAUCAGGACCCAUCCGAGGCAUACCAUAGCUGGAUGAACAGCUUGCAUGACAAUCCAGAGGUUGUCUCCUAUGCCAUCUUCCCCCUGCACCACCUGGUUGAGGAUCCAGAAGUUAGUGCCAACCUCAGGAGCACAGUGACUGAGUACAUUCAGGAGAACCAGCUUCCUCUAGACCAGGCGGAAACUAAAACCUGCUCCUCAAACCCUAACCUGGACCACAAUUGCUGUCCUCUGCGAGCAGGUCGCGGGACUCUCAGAGUGAUGGUCCACAGAGCCUCAGGUUUGAGGGCAGACACUUUCACAAAGACUGACGGCUAUGUUAAAAUGUGGUACAACGAGAAGUACGAGGAAACCGACACCGUCAUGGAUGAUAAUGAUCCUGUGUGGAACGCCACAUACAAUUUUGGCUCGGUGGAAUUUGGUCACCAGCUGCUGUUGGAGGUUUGGGACAGAGAUGUGCUUUACAAUGACAUGGCAGGAAAAUGUCAGGUCUUCCCUGAACGAGGGACACAUUCACACAGCUGUCAGCUAAACAAAGGGGUUCUGCACUUCACUUACAGCUCUGAAUGUGAUGCCCACUUAACGGGCUAUAGGUGUGGACGGUACUCUCCUACUGCAUAGGGUUUUGGAUCAAGAACACACCUGAGUGGCAUUCAUAAACGCAUACUUUAGCAAAGCAUUUAAACAACGGGAUAUGAAAAUAAACUGAAUGAUCUUCAAAGAGUUAAGGUAGGUUCUUAGGUUUUGACGCAUGUUGUUAUACUUACAGAAGGUGUGAAAACUGUUAUUGUCAGCUGCUGUAUUCUUUAUUGCUGAUGUCGUUGGUGAUAUAACUCUAACAGAUUAAAUAACAUAGUAAUUUGAUAAAUUGAAAUUGCAACA